AUGUCGUCGUCGUUGAUUGCCCUCUCGAUUCUGGCUCUGGCUUUGAUGCAGCAAAGCGCAUACGCCGCCGAAGCGGAAGCACACCAUGACAUACUCAAGCAUGAGGAAUAUCCCGGUAAGUGUGUUAUUCACUCGCCAAACGGCGAACUCAAGGUGUUCAACAGCGAUGAGACCGUUCGGUAUCCUGGCAAAUGCUCCGAGGUCUAUUGUGGCCGCAACAGUUGGGCCCUGAUCUAUACUUGCCCCAAGGAGUAUCCGCCAACGGAUUGCGUAUUUGGAGAUUAUGUUGAUAUAGAUGCUCCCUAUCCGGACUGCUGUCCACGCCAUGUUGACUGCAACUCAAUCGAUUCUAAUUAUUAAUUCCUGUUUGAUAUUUUGGCUCAGUUUCAGAUUGUUUUGA